CAGGUUUUAUAAAAAGAGAAGAUGGGAUCUGGCUGCCUGAAAGUUACGAAGUACUUCCUUUUCCUCUUCAACCUGCUUUUCUUUAUCUUGGGUGCUGUGAUUCUGGGCUUCGGAAUAUGGAUUAUGGUCGACAAAAACAGCUUCAUUUACGUUUUGCAAACUUCGUCAUCAUCAUUAAAGACUGGGGCAUACAUUCUCAUUGGAGUUGGGGCUGUCACCAUGUUAAUGGGGUUCCUGGGCUGCCUUGGAGCAGUCAAUGAGAUUCGAUGUCUCUUGGGACUGUACUUCACCUGUCUGUUGCUGAUCCUGAUAGGCCAGAUAGCUGCUGGACUGCUCAUCUACUUUCAAAAAGAUGGCCUCAAAGCAGAAGUAUCUGGAAUCGUUCAUAAACUUAUCCAGGAUUAUAAUCCUAACGAUGAAAGAAACAGGACCAUUCAGAAUGCAUGGGACUAUGUCCAGUCACAGCUUUCUUGCUGUGGCUGGACUGGGCCGGAAAACUGGAUGCAGAACACAAUCCUCCUGGACAGAAAUCAGACUUCCUACCCUUGCUCUUGCAAAAAUGGCACAACGGAAUCUCUGCAAUAUGAGGGCUUCUGCGAUUUGGACACUGUUUCUAACCCCAAUGCAACAUUUGCUAAUUGGCCAGUUAACAAGAAGGGGUGCAUGGAAGGUGUGGAAAGCUGGGUACAAGAGAACCUUGGCAUCAUUCUUGGAGUCUGCGCAGGAGUUGCUGUCAUUGAGCUGCUGGGAAUGGUGCUUUCCAUCUGCCUUUGCAAGAACAUACAUACUGAAGACUACACCAAAGUGCCCAAGUACUGAGACCACUGGCCUCGGGAAUUGCCCCAGAGCAAACGGACCAUUUCUCUCCUUGUACCCAGACUGUCUUCAUCACUUAGCAUUCCGCCUGUGACAUGCAACAUUGCUGUGGAUCUCUGAGGCUGCGCUGCAGCUGUGAAUUCUUUGAGGGAUCAGGGCUUGGGCAGCCCCCCUCCUAUCUUUUGACUGUUCUUCCAUGAAGCAGGCCACUUAAGUCUUCCUCUACUCAUACGAUGCCCUGCACCUUUACUGUCAGCACUGUGCUAGACAGUCCUUUAUUUUUAUCUUGGUUUUGACCCAUUGUGAUUAGACUUAGAGUAGUCCUUCCUGCAGCCACCGGCUACCAGGGCUGUAUGUACAUAACCCUUGCAUUCUUCAACUAGGAAGAAUCUUCAGGGCCUU